AUGUUGAGUUUGUCAAAAGUUAUAAAGGAUAUGCCAUCAUCAUCAUCAUCAUCAUCAUCAUCAUCAUCAUCAUCAUCAUCAUCAUCAUCAUCAUCAUCAUCAUCAUCAUCAUCAUCAUCAUCAUCAUCAUCAUCAUCAUCAUCAUCAUCAUCAUCAUCAUCAUCAUCAUCAUCAUCAUCAUCAUCAUCAUCAUCAUCAUCAUCAUCAUCAUCAUCAUCAUCAUCAUCAUCAUCAUCAUCAUCAUCAUCAUCAUUAUCAGACUUUCCGUCCAUAAAUAUUUGUAGGUUUCAAUGA